AUGAGCAGCUGCGGAGGAAGGAGCCGCGAUUCCACUGACAACAGACUGAAAUUUGUUAAGCGACCGGACGAGAUCACAGAUUUCCGAUGCCGCUCGAAGCUGAAAGUUUACACGCGUUUCUACGUGGGGAGAAUCCGGACCGAGACCCCGGCGCGGCGGCCGCUGAAUGUCCACUGGUCUUUGGCUGUUGGAGGACCCAGGGUGGAAAAGGAUCUCAGGCUCAGACCAGACCCGGUUAGGUCGGCUUGGAUCGGUCAUUUCAAGUUCCACUGCCCUGCAGUAAUAGAUGACACAAAUGAAGGCUGUGGAAAGGAAUGGUCCUACGUGGAGGUGUGCAGACACGCAUUGCUCUCUGUUGAGGAACGACAGGAUUUUGAAGAGAAACUUGCCACUCUCGCCGCUUCAAGUUAUUGUGAAUACAAACAGUGUCCUAAGUGUGGGAGCAACGUGGAACGGAAAGAUGAGAUGAACGUAUCAGUGAUUUGUUCAGUCUGCACAGCCAAAGAUGGAACCCCAUUUGAAUUUUGCUGGCAAUGUAUGAAGAAGUGGAAAGGCCCUGCUCCACGCUCUGAUAAAUGUGAUAAUGAAGGAUGCAUUAAUAUCCAGCUGGAAACCUUGAAAAAUUGUGACACAAAAACUUUACCUUACAGCAAUAUUCAAGAUUGUCCUAAAAUCCGUGCUUGUCCCACUUGUGGUUUGCUUAUAGAACAUCAAGAUAUGUGCAAAUAUGUCGUGUGCGUCAGAUGCCAUGUAGAAUUUUGCUUUGCCUGUCUUAACACAAUGGCAAUUUGCAGUGAAUCAUCUGAGUAUUCUCUUCAUUGUGCUAUACCUGUAGCCCCAAGGCAAACAAGUAUUCCAGCUCGGCCGACCUGCCGCUGCCUGGCGGAGGUUCUGCCCCUAGGAUUGCCUAGGGGUCCGCGUUGUGCCCAGGCCGCUGGUGUUUCCGCCUGGGAGGCGACCCUACCCGAGACAUAUGUGGCUCACCCAGGGAGGGCUAUCCGCCAGCCUAUCUAG